CUUUGAAAUAACCGUUGCUCCCGGCAGCAUGAACCGCCGCCCCCCGUGUCACCGUGGCCUCGCUUGCUCCCCCGGCACCACUCUAAUCCUCCGGGGAACACCGGGGGAGCUGGCGGGCCCCGACGCCAGGAAGAUCCUCGGGAUCGCCACCGUGUGCGCGGACCUCCCGAUCGCGUGCGAGGCGGUUCCGGCGGGAGCCCCGCUGGAAGCCCGCGGCGGCGGGGAACAAGGAUUCCUCCCGCCCCUGCCGCCGCCGUCCGGAUCGAUGGUGCUGGUCCUGAGGGAAAGCGGCAGCGGCGAGGAGAUCCCCGUCACGACGUCCCGCGCCAUGGCGAAGGCCGUCGCGUCCAUGGCGGUGGCGGCGGAGGAAAAGAGCCGCAACCUGAUGGGAACGUCUCUGGCGGAGGAGGCCGUGAUCGACGGCUGGCUCAACUACUUCUGGGCCUCGRUCGAUCUCCCCUUUCACGUUCUGCGCUCCCUCCCGGAAGGCGGGGAAGAGCCAACCGCGACGGACGCACCGGAUCCCUCGGUYUCCCAGCGAGCGGCCAUAGAGAACGACCUGGCGACCGCCCUYKGGAGGGUGGAAGCGCACCUGCGGUCGCUGGACCGCACCGGGGCGACGGACGCAGGCGAGAACGAGAACGAGCGCCCGGAGGGCCACCGCCCGCGGUACAUCGUGCCGAUCGCCGGUGCUUCGGACGGUGCAUCGAUCGAGGGGGCCUCCCGCUACACGCUCGCCGACCUGUGUCUGGCGGUCACGCUCCACUGCAUGGUCGAGAAMMAMGUCGCCGUGGCGACCUCGGCGACGAGCGACCAAGAGGCCUUCCCCCGCCUCUCCGACUGGUACCGGAACAUGAAAGCGGUGCUCGCACUGCCGUGAGGCGCUCUUUUUCUCGCCGGGGUCCCGGUGGCAGGAGCGGGCGGCAGGGGAUCGGUCCCGCCCGCGGGACCGAACCCCGCAUCCCACGCAACAGCAGCGCGUGGGAGGUUUUGUGUCCACAACAGAAAGGCCCACGGAGUCGUGACGAAUGGUCCUGUUGCCACGGUCGUCCAGCGCUGGCGAGUCGGUUGCAGUCCUUCUUGUGCURCUGGUACCAGUUGGAAGUUUCUGGUACGAGAACUGGUUGUCGUUCUUUCGGUCCGACCGCACCGGCACGCACGUCCGCUUUCUCCGUUGCUGCGACCGAGUGARGCGCCGGURCUCGAGGAAGACGACGCGACCAGCGUUUCUCGUACGGUAAURUCGUGGCACUAUGGGACCAAAUGCUCGCACGCAACAGAAUGGCGCACGUCGAAUCCGAAUUUGUUGGCCACAACGAAUAGUGUUGCAUCAUUCCUAUGAAGGUAUUAAUAACUAAUUCUACUAGUAGAACGUUACAAUAAUACAGCCCUCUCGUCGUCGACGCUCUAGCAACGGCUCCGCAGCUGAAGGACUGGAGGAACAAAUAAUAAUAUAUAAAUCUGACAAUCUGAC